AUGUUUGUGAAUAUGGUCAGUAGGAUAGCAAAGGUAGUACCAGGGUAUGCAGAGAAACACCUGCCAGACAAGAACCGGGCAAGUCAGAUGCAGUUUUUUGCAUCCUUGGGACAUCCGGUGAUGGCAAUGUCGUUGCGUGGGUGUGGCUUGAGCGACAAACCAUUGGAGGCUGAGAUGUAUGAUCUGGAGACGUGUCUUGUUGCUGACAUGCGUGCUGGGCUGGACUAUGUCAGGCAGACGUGUGGCCAGCAGCCGGUGUUGGUUGCCCACGGUGUGGGUGCGCUGAUUGGCUGGCGACUGUUGACCCUUACCGCAGAUGCUCCCGAAGUGGCUGGAUUCGUAUCCCUCUCUAUGCCCCCACUGGAAGCCUGCGCACGUGGAUUGCGCAGCCUGUCGCAGCUGUACAGCUGGCUCUACAUCCUAGCUUUCAGCAUGCCAAAGCUGCCAGAAGCCUUGCUCACCUUUCAGAAUGCCUUCCUUGGAGCGGUGCUGCUUAAUGAUUUAGAGCGAGCACAGGUGAGACCUGAGCUCCUACACCUUUCCCGCGCAAAUCUUCUGCAGCCUCACGCUGCAAGAGGACAUCUGAACUACUACAGAAUGUUGGUGCGGAAGAUGAUCGGCUCUGUUCUAAAUGGCAGAGACACCUAUUGGAGCGAGCUCUUGCGUGGCCAGUCUGAGCACAAGGAGGUCUUGGGCUCCCAUCACAAGCUCACAUUGCCGGUGCUAAUCCUCAAGGGGUGCGAUCGCCUGGUGACUGUCACUGGCGUGGAGCGACAUGGUGACAUGCUUCCAGCGUGGAUCGACUCGAAUGCCUUUGCGGGUUGCCAAAGAGCAAGGCUUCCAGGGGCGUGGCAAGAGGUCCGGCUUCUAGAGCAGGACCGCGGCGCUGCCCGUGCUGUCGCCACAUACACUGGCGCUGCACGUCUUGGCACUGCGGUACCUGGCCCGGUGACGGUCCUCGGAUCUCGCGGAGAAGUUGCUGCGACUCCCCAGACACAGGUUCCAACUCAGGACUUGUCUGCGAUCACCACCUCGCGUUCACUGGAAACGGUCUCUUGUGCCAACUGUGGAAACAUCUAUAUGUCAGAUUCCAACUUCUGCCGGAAGUGUGGCCUCCCGAGACCUGGUCACGACCUCCAGGCCGAGCCCGUGGCAUCGGCGCAGUCGACGCUGAUGACUCAGCCACUGCCCUUUCAGCGCUAG